AUGGCGGCCACUGAGUUCCACAAGGUUGCAGUUCUCACUUCCCCUCAAACUCCUGACGCAAAACCGACGUUUGAGGUGAAGAAUGUGCCACGUCCAGUCCCAGGCCCCAAUGAGGUUCUGGUCAGGCUGUCACUGACCAGCCUGUGCGGAUCUGAUCUUGGUAUGGCGCUCGGCCACAUGGGCCCGAUGCGAGACAUUCUUGGCCACGAAGGCGUCGGCCGGAUUGCCUCCCUAGGUUCUAAUGUGUCUUCACUCGACCCUACUGUAAAGGUUGGCCAGAGAGUUGGUGUGGCCUGGUUGAGAGACAUUUGUGGCACUUGCGACAUGUGCGUGGACAUCGUCCAUGAGGGCGAGACUCGAUGUGUCGAAGCUUUGCAUUCUGGAAAGGCGUAUGAUGGGACCUUUGCUGAGUAUACGCUUGUCCCCCUGAGAUAUCUUGCUCGUCUACCUGCCACCUAUGACGAGAUCCUUGAUGAAGAAGUUGCGCCAAUCCUCUGUGGCGGGGUCACAGCGUACAAGGCCAUCAAAGGGUGUGAGCUGACCCCCGGACAAUGGUUAGUCGUUUCUGGCGCGGGCGGUGGCGUUGGAGCUCUGGCUGUUGCCUUCGCGAGUGCCAUGGGCUAUCGUGUGAUUGCCGUUGACGCUGGAGAGUCAAAGGCGGCUUACUGUCUUUCACAGGGCGCAGAGCAUUACGUCGAUGCCAUUGGAAGCGAAGAUGCUGGCCUGAGAGUGAAGUCUCUGACAGGUGGCCGUGGUGCCAAGGCAGUGGUGGUCACAGCUACUGCCGCCGCCGCUUACCAGAAAGCGUUCGACAUGCUUGGCCCAUUUGGCACGCUGAUGUGCGUCUCGAUUCUUCCAGAAGAGGCUCAAGUAAAGUUUCAUCCUUUGAUGUUCAUUGACAACGGCUGGAAGGUGAAAGGUUCUUCAGUGGGCACACGGGCUGAUAUUCUCGAGGCCCUCGAAUUUGUCAAGCGGAGGAAGGUGACGCCGGCUAUUAAGUGGGCGAAAUUGGAGGACUUGGGAAGUCUCAUGGGGCAGAUGAUUGAAAGAAAGUUGGAGGGAAAAUAUGUUAUCAAAUUGUAG